GUACGAUAGUGAGGGACGAGGCGGGGCGGGUGGUGGGGGACCUGUCGAGCGAGGGCGCGAUGUUCGUGGCGGCCAGGGGAGGCGCGGGCGGCAGGGGCAACAAGUUCUUCCUCACCGACACACAGCAGGCACCGGACAUAGCUGAGUUCGGGGCUAUAGGGGAGAGCAGGGUAUACUCCCUGGAGGUGCGGUCGAUGGCCCACGUGGGGCUGAUAGGGUUCCCCAACGCCGGGAAGAGCACCCUGCUGCGAGCCCUCACCAGGGCGAGGCCAACAGUAGCCCCCUACCCGUUCACCACCCUCCGUCCCCACAUCGGCAUGGUGCCUUAUGACGACUACGAGCAGGUCGCGAUAGCAGAUCUUCCCGGUUUGAUUCCUGGCUCGCACAAGAAUUAUGGACUCG